AUGGGUGUAUUUGUUGUUGUACGUCUCUUAUUAUCCAAUCACUUAUGUUCAGUCACUUGUAAUGUGAUUGCAUUUGGCAUUUCUAGCUCAUUGAUUUUCCAACUUGUCACGCUUUAUAACAAAAGUAUAGCAGCUCAAAAAAUGAUCCUCGACAGAGGAUCACCUUUGGAUUGCGUGAGUUUCCUCUGGUUCAUUGGUCCACUGUCAUCACAUUCGUGUUUCGACUACUAUGAAGCUCUUCAAAGCAACAUUUUCUGGCAGUUGAAUGUUGUGCAUGUUUCGGGAACAUUACUCAAGAAUACCCUAAUUUUGGUCACGUCAAUGUUUGGUGGUGCGCUUGGUGAAUUUCUACAGUCAUUCAUCAGUAAACUUCAUUGGCUGUUUCAUAUACCCGUGUUCGUUGUAAUUUCGCUUUGCAUCCUGCUGACCAUCCUGGCCUUCUUUAAUUAUCGUUUUAAUUUGUUCUACGGAUUAAUUCGGACUGAGAAACAAAUCACGAGGCCUGCUGAAAAUGUAUCGUUUCGUGACAGUAUCAAGCAGCAACCGAACGAAAAGUUUGUUGAGUGCAAAAGAGAAAUAAAAUCAUUAUUACUGACGAUGAAGAUAUUACCAUUGUCUGUUAUUAUCGCCCUUCUGGUUAUAGAUGCUUUCCCAGUGGAAGCAAAAGAAGGUAAGAGUGAUUCUGAAGAUGAAAAAAAUGUGAAAUAUGGCACGAUCAUUGGAAUCGAUCUUGGUACCACAUACAGUUGUGUCGGUGUUUAUAAAAAUGGACGAGUGGAAGUUAUUGCCAAUGAUCAAGGUAGUCGGAUCACGCCGUCGUACGUGGCAUUUACUCGUGAUGGUCAGCGUGUUAUUGGUGACGCAGCCAAAAAUCAGUUAACAACAAAUCCGGAAAAUACAGUCUUUGAUGUUAAACGUCUGAUUGGCCGGCUUUAUAAUGAUUCAACUGUGCAGCAAGAUAUUAAACAUUGGCCUUUCCAUGUUGUGAAUAUGGGCAAUAAACCGAUAAUAAAACUGAAAGUUGGAAAAGACGUUAAAACCUUUGCUCCUGAACAGAUCUCAGCAAUGGUUCUCGGGAAAAUGAAGGAAAUUGCAGAAGGAUACCUAGGAAAGGAAGUAAAAUAUGCAGUCAUUACAGUACCCGCUUAUUUCAAUGAUGCACAACGUCAAGCUACCAAAGAUGCGGGUGCUAUUGCCAAUCUCACUGUUGUUCGAGAAAAAAAUAUUCUUGUUUUCGAUCUUGGCGGUGGUACUUUUGAUGUGUCGGUGUUGACGAUUGACAAUGGUGUUUUCGAAGUACUAGCUACCAAUGGUGAUACUCAUUUGGGUGGCGAAGAUUUCGACCAGCGAGUUAUGGAGCAUUUCAUUAAAGUGUUUAAGAAGAAAACUGGCAAGGAUUUACGAAAAGAUAUUUAUGCUGUGCAAAAAUUACGACGUGAAGUAGAAAAGGCUAAACGAACACUGUCCAGCGAACAUCAAGCACGGCUGGAAAUCGAAUCGCUGUAUGAUAACGAAGAUUUCUCGGAAACACUAACAAGAGCUAAAUUUGAGGAAUUAAACAUGGAUUUGUUCCGUUUAACACUAAAACCAGUGCAGAAGGUUUUGGAAGAUUCCGAUCUCAAGAAAAGUGAUAUCUCUGAAAUUGUUCUUGUCGGUGGUUCCACUCGUAUUCCUAAAGUGCAGCAGCUCCUUAAGGAGUUCUUUAAUGGAAAGGAGCUGUCUCUUGGUAUCAAUCCAGAUGAAGCUGUAGCAUAUGGUGCAGCAGUCCAGGCUGGUGUUAUUUCGGGUGAAGAAAGCACUGGUGAUAUUGUAUUGUUAGAUGUAAAUCCCUUGACUCUUGGAAUUGAAACAAUUGGUGGUGUGAUGACCAAGCUUAUUCAAAGGAAUACUGUUAUCCCUACCAAAAAGAGUCAAAUCUUCUCUACAGCAGCCGAUAAUCAGCCAACAGUCACUAUUCAGGUUUACGAAGGAGAACGACCAAUGACAAAAGACAAUCACAUGUUGGGCAAGUUUGAUUUGACGGGUAUCCCACCAGCACCACGAGGUGUACCGCAAAUCGACGUUACGUUUGAAAUCGAUGUGAAUGGCAUUCUGCAUGUGAAGGAGCAGGUGGAGGCAAGGAACGAAUUUGAAAGUUAUGCCUAUUCACUGAAGAACCAAAUUAGUGAUAAAGAGAAAUUGGGUGGCAAAUUGGAUGAUAGUGACAAGAAAACGAUUGAAACCGUCGUUGAUGAUGCCAUAUCAUGGCUUGAAAGCCAUAGGGAUGCAUCUGUUGAGGAGUUGCAAGAGCAUAAGAAAGAAUUGGAAAACAAAGUACAACCGAUUAUUGGGAAGUUAUACAAGGAUCAGGGUGCACCGCCACCAGAAGAUGCUGGACCAGGCGAAGACAAGGAUGAGCUUUAG